AUUGAGUACUGAUUUUUUUUAAUAUACAAAUAUUGAAACAAGAUAUUAUAUAAAUAAUAGAAAAAUGUCUAAAGUAAACGCCGAUUAUUUAUGUAAUACUUUCUUUAAUAGAAAUAAUAAUUAUAAAAUAAUAGAUAGGAAUGAAUUCUCAAAGUUUAAAUUGCGUUUAAUAGAACGAAUUAAUAGUAUUGACGUAAAUAUGGAGAAUGAAAUACAAAAUUUAAGAGAUUCAAUUGAUAUUUUAAAUAAUGAACUUAGCAGACAGAAAAUUGAGAUGGAGACGAAACUUAAGGAUUUUUAUGAUAAUAAGAAGAAGAUAUUAGAACAAUAUCUAUCCGAUGUUAAUAUUUUACAAGAGACUUAUGAUAAAAUUUCAACUGAUUUUCUUAAAGAUGAACUAUUGACAAUGAUUGAUUGCAUAAAGGAACUAUCUAAGAAGAUUUCAAAUGAGAAAGGCGUAUUUAGACCAUCAGAAUAUUUAGAUGAUAUAAAAAUUGGUAAAUUUUCAGUAUCGAUUGACGAAAAACCUUUUAAAGAAUAUUCAAUUCAGUUGAAAACUCCAAUCGAAAAGAUUAUUGGCAAUAAAAAUGAAUUUUUUACUAUUCUUAAUGGAAAUCAAAUAUUCGAAUUAAAGGAUAAUAAGGUUAUAUUAACAACUAAAGAUAGAAUUGAUGAUCUAUCAAUUACAUUUGAUAAAAUGAUAUCGUAUUGUCAAUUUUCAAAGGAGAAAAUCAAAAUUUUCAUCCUAAAUGAGAAUAAUUAUGCUGUUGAAGACAAUUUUGAGAUAAAUUUUCAACAUUUCACUGCGGAUUACGCAACAUUUUCAGUAUUGAAAGAUACUAUAUUAAUUCACGAUAAAUCUCAAGUAUUAAUGUUUAAUAAGGAAACAAUAGAAUUAUUCUUCUGUUGGACUUAUGGAGAAAAUAGGAGUGGAGAAAUUUCCAAUAGGAUUAACGAGAACACGUGCUAUCAAUAUUUCAAUCAAACUGGCCUAAUAUUCGAAAGUUUUAAUGAAAUUAAUUCCGAAUUUUCAUUGGUUAAAGUAGCUGAUAGAGUAACGGAUUAUAAGCUAAAUAAUAAAUCUUGGAAUAUGGCUUCUGAUUGUGCGAUCUGUAUGGAGAGUUUAAACGAUAAGGAUGUUAGACAGUUGCCCUGUCAUUCUAGUCAUCUGUUCUGCUAUCAGUGCCUAUUUAAAUACGCCGAAUCAAAUAGGAUUCGAUUUGGGGAUUCUUUGCCAUGUCCGAUAUGUAAAACGGAAAUAGUAUGGCCAAAAAAUGGGGUAGAAUCAUUGAAAAGAGUAUUUCUAAGAAGAUCUCUAUCGGAAAGUGAUUUUGGUUCAAUGUUAGCAAACGAAAGAAGGAAAACCUUACAAGAGCGGAAGAAAAAUUUUGAUCUAUUAGAAGAACAAACGAAUUAUUUAAUAAAGAAACUUUUAGAUAAGAAAGCUUGUAUUGAACAGCAAUUGAAUAGAUUUUAUGAUGAGAAAAUUGAAAAUCUUGAACGAUUAGAGAAGGAAGCUGAGGAAUUGAACAAUACACAACUAAUCGAUUUACCAAAUCUAGGUAAAUUGUCUAAAGAGGACAGAGAAAGAGAUUUGAAUAUUUCUAUAAAAGAUAUAUUAAGGCAGAAGAUUUCUGUUGAAAAGAGAAAUUCUCACUCAGAACUAUGUAAGGUUACCUACUCGAAGGAGGAAGAGCCAGCCUUUCAAUACGGACUUGUUCAACAAGGUCCUCAUUAUAUAAUUGGAGGUAAUUAUUGUUUCUUUCUUCAAACUGUUUCCGGUUUUUACGAAUGUUCAAAUUCUAACGCUCUCCUCUACGAUGCAAUUAAUUUUUCAAGCGCUAAUAUAAGCAACGAUUCAUCAUUAUUCACUUUCACACAAGACGAAACUGCUCUGCUACAUAGUCAAAUUUGUAAAUGGGAUAAGAAUACUAAACUAUUCUAUAAAUAUCCAACAACUGGAGCGUCAAUUGACGAAAUUGAUUGGGAUGAUUUCGUCUAUUUCCGCCAUAAAAACGACAUUAUCAUUUACGAUAUAAGAUCAGCUAAACUUGUUCGUCAACCAUUAUACGACCAAUUCAAAAACAGUUGCCAUACCAAAUUCAAAAAUGGUACUUGGUUUAUACUUAAAAAUGGAUACGAUUUCCGAUAUUAUCCAAUGAAAAAUCUAAUUACAACAAGAAAUUAUCAAGGUCAUAAUGUCCUUAUUCAAAUACAAGAUGGAAAGAUCUCAAUUAGACAAGAUAUAAUUAAUGAAUUAAGAAAUGGUAAAAUACUAUUUUCCAAUGAAAAAUACGUCUUUUUAUUGGAUGAGAAUUUAAAAAGUGCUAAAGCCUAUUUACAAAAGAAUCUUUUUAGAGAAGGUCAAUUAAAAGCUCAUUUUCAAUCAUUAACCGAAAUUCAUUUUUAUAAUUUGCCAAGGACUUUUGCAAUGGAAUGCAGUAUUUGCUUAGAGAAUCUCUGCUCUUCUAAAGAAACAAAGAGACUACCUUGCUAUUGGUCUCAUGUAUUCUGUACAACCUGUUUAAAAGAUAUUAUAGAAAGAAAGGAUAUAGGCGGAUAUUUCUCGUGUCCAAUUUGUCAACACCCGAUAAAAUAUCCUGAAGGUGGCAUUGAAACAUUUAGGAGUAUUGAUACAAAAAAGACUUGUAUGGAAAAUUACAAAGAUGAGAUUAAUAGAGAGACUGAAAGACUGAAUUUAAAAAGGAAAGCGGAUAUUGAUGAAUUAAAUAAACAUGUUAAAUGUUUAAAACAAUCAAUUGAUAAUGAUGAGACACGUAUUAGUUAUAAAAUAUGCAAUUUCUACAAUGGUAUGAAAGAAAGCUAUCGUCAAAUUGCAGAGAAUAUUACAGAUUAUUUAAAAUCGGAGGCUCUCUAUACAAACUCUGUUCAAAAUAGAAAAUUAAUAACUUUCAAGGAGACAAUAAUUAGUUCAGUAGAUAAUAAUAUAUCGAAGAACAUUGUAUUAAACUUCUCGGAGCCUAGACUUAAUUAUGUAAAAUUACAAUUCCAACACGAGGAAAAACCUGUUAAAGAAUACUUUAGAGAAAUGCCAGAGUCUUUUCGAAUAUUUGGUGGUGAUAAUUGUUUUUUGGUUGUGUACGAUAGGCAAAUUUUUGAGUGGAAUAGCAACGAAUAUAUUCGUCAUGCAGGUGGCGUUGAAUUUACCGAUGGUGCUAUAAAUAGUAAUAAGGAAUUUUAUGUUUAUAAAACGCUUCCUCAAAACAGAGAGGAACGGGGAACGGUUGUGCAAUGGUGUUACAAAGAUAAAUCUUUUCAGUCAAUCUACAAUAAGAGAAACGAGGAGGAGGUUAAAAUAAAUGGUAAAAAGUUCUUAGUCUUUACAAAUCAAACAAGUCUUGUCCUAUUCGAUUUACAAACUGGUCAACUAAUAAACAUUGAUCUGCAUUACGACCUUUCCUGCUGGAAGACGAAAUACAUUAGUCAUGGGGAUAUUUACUUUCUACGAGAUAGCAUAAAUCUUCAAUACUUUCCUAUUAGUAAGUUAAUUGACGAUAAAAUAUUACCUGGAAAUAACAUACUCAUAAAUAUUCAUCACGAACAAAUAUCUAUAAGAAACGAUAUAAUAGAAGAAAUUGUUAUGAAUGAAAGAGUUUUACUAUCUAAUGAACAAUUUGUAUUCAUCUUGAAUGAGAACAAUAAAUCUGCUAUUGCCUAUCCCCAAAGAAAUGUAUUUCAGGAAGGUCAAAUAAUAAGCUAUUUUGUUACCGACAAUGAUAUCCACUUUUGCAUUUUGUGCGAAUCGUUAGCAGGUAAACAUUGUUUAAUUAAGAGCUAUCUUCUCAAAGUAUAA